CGACCCGCUCGUUCCAUGCAACAAGUUUCGAGUACCUGGCUGGUGGAAAGUCUAUAUUUCGCUCUCCCCGGCUUGCUGUAGGGCGUCAGGGUAGAUGGCCUCAUCUUCAUAAGGUCGUCGCGGCUGGUGGCUAAUAUUACUUCACCCUCUGGUACGACGCGCAUCAUCCUUUCUCCCCCCCUCCUCUCUCUCUUUCUCUUUCACAGGUCUAGCACUACUACAACUGUCGCCGGAAUGGAAGCUGCAUCGUCUGUGCCCUCCCGCCUGGAAGAUUACGUAGGGUUCUACGGCGACCCCUUUGUGAUUCCUUAUGGCUUUGAGAACGAGACCAAACUCUUAGAGGUCAAUAAGGAACACAAAGGGAAAUCUCCCACUGACGAACGCAAGCCUGAAAUGGCGACGGCCGAGGCGGGGGGUGAUCUUGACUGGUCAAGGUAUAGCCCGCCAGUCGCUCUCAAAACGACUCCCGAUAUCAAGGACGCUGUGCUCCUUAAAGUCUUGCAGACCUCUAUCGAUAACAUACAAGCAAAAGCCGUAAAAGAAGAGCAAGCACGGCAGCUGGAAGAAGAAGCAAGCAUAGCUUCAGGGGCCAGCAGCAAGGGAGCCGAACCGUAUCUUCCUAUCAUCAUCACAACCGAAGAUGAUGGAUCUUCAGAUAUUCAAUCAAACGAGAAUCAGGGGAAAAUUCAACUAUUUCCGGAACUCGUAGGUAAUCGCGGCAGCUCACCGGUCAAUGGGUUUAUUGUCUUUCCAUUCCAACCAAAGAAGAAAGGCCGGUUUGCCUUGACCCGAGUCCUACAAAAGAUCAGCGAAAAGGAGGGGAAAAGGAGAUCGUUCAGAUUCGGUUCCAAUCGGAAUAAGACGAGCAUAGAAGGGCCGUCAGAUACCAACUCCACGAGCACCACCUCUAGGAAGACAGCAACUGUCGAGUGCGUAUCCUGCCUCGACGACUUUGAUAAGAAGGAUAUGGUCAAAGUCACCUGUCACAGUUACUGCCGCGACUGUUUCGAGAGACUCAUUGCGACAGCGGUCCAGAAUGAGCAGCAGUGGCCCCCCAAGUGCUGUCUCAACCAGAUCCCUUUCCGUACUAUUCUGCGUUACGUCACCAAGGACCUGGGUAAGACCUACAAAGAUCGUGCCGCCGAGUGGAAGCUCCCCGUCAGCGAGCGUAUCUACUGCAACCAGCCAGACUGCAGUCUCUGGAUCAGACCUGACCACGUGAACCAGGGCCUCAGCAUAGGGCGCUGCGCGAACGCACACUGGACUUGUACCAUCUGCCGCGGCCCGCAGCAUGAUAACUCCGAUUGCCCUCAAGACCGCGAUUUGGCACUGACCAAUGCCCUUGCCGAGGACGAGGGCUGGCAGCACUGCUUAAAGUGCCAGGCACUGGUCGAACACCUGGAGGCGUGUCAGCACAUGACUUGUCGGUGCGGAUAUCAAUUCUGCUACGUCUGCAACCAGAGAUGGAGAACAUGCACCUGCACGAUGGACCAGCUGAAUGCUGUCAAGGCUGGGGCUGCAACGAGGCGGGAGGAGAGACUUCGAAGGAAAGAAGAGGCCGAGUCCGAGCUUCGAGACGCUUUACGGCAGAUUGAGGAAUUUGAGCGUGAAGAAGCGCUAAAGGCUGAGCUGUUGAGGCAGGAGACGGAGAGACAGGAAGAGGAGCGCCGGCAGCGCGAGAUAGAAGAGCGUGUCCGCUUUGAAAGCCUCCGACGUCACGGAAUCGAGGUCAAGUACCAGGACCUUCGGGCAAUGCUCGAUCAGAUUCAUGACCUGCAAGAAGUCCUUGUACGAUACCAACACGACAAAGAAAAGGAGAUUGCGUCUCAAGAAGCGUUUACUUCUACAGCCGAACUCGAGGCAAGGCAACAAGCAGAGCAUCUUGAGCUCGCCGAAACGGCCUCGCGGAAACUGGCCGCCAAGGAAAAGGCCCUCGCAACCGAGUACAGCCUCCGCGUAUUAGAGGAGAAGAGGACAGAAGACGCCUACCUGGAGCUCUUAGAAGACUUCUUUGCCAACAAGCCGAAGAGCGAAGCACGUGUCGAGGAGCUCAUGCAGAAUUUCCUUAAGAAGAUGGAUAAGGGGUGGCGGGCGUGGGGAAGGUGGAAGACCGACGAGACUGCACGAUAUAAGAUGAAGGUAGACGAGGAGCGGGCCAUUCGCGAGGAGGUCAUGUACAGCGUGAAGAUUCGACAUGGAGAACGCGUAGAGAGCGAGCGGAGGGAGCUUGAGAAGAGACAGGUGGCUGAGUUGCGGUGGUUCACGCUUGUUGUUGCGGAGAGGUCGAGGCUGUUGGCCCAGAUGGAGACUGUGGAGAUAGAGGAUGGAAUCGAUAGCUUCAGUACAAAUGGAAGCGAGAGAGAGGUGAUGGAUGAAGUUGUUGCCGGCCCUAGUUGACGAUGGGCUGGCGGCCUGGUCUAUCUGGUCUUGGCCGUCAUUGCCAUGGUUGCCAGAUCCUGGCUGGAGGGCUCGGUUUAGUUGCACUCUAUGGGUAUGAUCAAGCGCAAGCCGUUUCCAACCAUAAUUGCAUGAAUAUUCCUGUUCAUUUAGGGUAGCUGCUAUGCGGAUGAUGGUGAACCCUUCUUAAUAUCUCUGACUAAGUACACGAGUCUUUUCCUCUCUUGGGG